AUGGCUUUGUACUCUGUUCAUCAUGAAUUAAGAGGUUCAUCAUACAUGGCUGGGAAACGCAAAAGGAAAGGGGGAAAUGAACCCGUAAAGAAGGAUGUCACCCCCGAGCCGAACGAUAAUGCGGUUGCUUGGAGAAAUUUCUUCAAUGCGAACUACAAAGCCCUUCGAGCAGCUGAGAAGGGAUUAACUGAGAAAGAGGCUACCGACAAAUUAAAAGUGCAAUAUAAAGGUUUCACCGACGAGGAGAAGUCUGAGUGGAGAAGCUAUGACCCUAACCCUAAUCCCGCUAAGAAGGCGGUGCAAACAAGGGGGAGGAAACCAAAGGCAGCUGAUGCCAAGGGGAAGAAAGUGGAGGUGGAUGAGGAAGAGGGUGCUCCUGAAAGUGAAGAAGCAUCUGUGUACGGUCGAUGCUCCUUCAACCGUUUAAUGAGGAUUUGCAAGAACCUGAACCUGGAGCAGAAAGAUGUGAUCCAAAAUGCUGGAUUUGGAUCAUUCAUCAGAGAGGAUGCACCAUACGUUGACACCCGACUAGUGAGUUGGUUAAUCAAACAUGUUGACCCAACCACUAGCAUACUGGAUUUGUAUGGGAGGAAAAUUCACUUAUCUGCCGCGAUGUUCGGAGAUGUUAUGGGGGUGGACGACGGAGGGGAUCCUGUAGUCACCGAGGGUGAUAGUGACACUCGAUAUCUGGAGGAGAUAUUGAACGUUGUCGAGUACACCGUGUCCUUGACAAUGUUGGAGAAAUCUUUGUUGGAGUGCGUUGAGGCAGACAGCCUAUUUCUGAUUAAAUUUUCUUUGGUGGUCAUAGGGACAGUCCUUGCGCCGAAAACGGGGGUCGAUAUCACUUCGGGGUACUUGCACUCCCUUAGGGUUACCAGGGACAUUCGCCACAAGAACUGGGCGACUGCGGGGUUCAGGUAUCUGAUGAACUCAAUUUUCAGAUUCCGAAAUAAGGCGACGAAGAAUGUAUCUGGCUGCACCUUAUUCCUCCAGUCGAAUGUAUUACUAAUACAUUGUUUGUUUGUGACAGUUGGUGUACUUGACUCACGUGGAGUGGAACUUUGGAUAUGUCGACCGAACAAUGCUCCUGUUGAUUUUUGGGGUAGUAAACAAUGUAAGUCCGCUUACAAAUUUGUGAAAGACAAUGGGGGUCCCAACAGCGACAAGAUAACGCUCACUUCGAAUCCCGUAAUACUGCCCAACUACUACUCCGACUCGGAAGGAAGAAAGAGCAGUGACCACUUUGUCAGCUCUAUCAACGAGUUGAAGGAGUACUUCUCCAAUGAGUUAAAGUCUCAGUUGAGAUCAUUUUCUUUGAAAUUUAUGGACAAAGGAGAAGGUGUAGGUGGUAUUGACCGAGAGUUGGAGGAGGAUGCUGCUGCGGAAACGGGGAAGAAGGCGGAGUGCAGCCAGGCCGUGGAGGAGUCCCCGUUGAAGUCCCCUGUCCGUUCGAAGACUAAUGUUGUUGGUCUAUCCGACGAAAAUGUGGUGGAUUCUGUAAGUACGCCUUCACUAUCUGUUACAAAAUCUGUUGAAGAUGAAGGUGCUGCACAUAAGACCUUCGACGAUGAGGACUUUGAUAUAGUCGAAGUGGCAUCUUUCUGGAAUAAAGGCAAAGCCCUCGUCAAAUCAAAGAAGACACAGUCGGAGAAUGUGCCUUUAAUUGAGGAUGACUUCAACGAUAAGGCGUACGAGCAAUUCAUUGAGUCGGGCAGAACUGUUGUCGGGCCUUUCAAGACGAAGGAAGCGAUCCCCCGUAACCAAUAUGGGUUUUACAAGUUUAUUUUUAGCAACACGUUAGAUCCGGGAUAUGUGCUUGCGAAAUUUCGAAAGUUUGAAGUGGAUAGGAGGUGCAUGGCAUCGUUGCGACCGUUGCGAGAAGUUGAGGGAUCCAUCAUUGACUGUUUUUCUAUACUAAUGAACAAGUACGAACGUGAUAGUCGAUUACCUGACCAACCUCGUGUUUGGUACAUGCCCACUCGCAUCUCGCAAAAAACUCUCGGUUCGUUUAAUGUGAAGAGGAUUGCGAAAGACCGGGAGUGGUCAAAACUGUUUUACGAAGACAACUUGGAAAAAUGCGUCAAGAUGUUUGUGCCGGUGUUGACUCUAGAAGGUGCACCACAUUGGUUUGGUGCCGAAGUAAAUAUGAAGUCCAAGGUUGUCUCAUUUAUGGACUCCCUACACACCGCAAUGAAUGAGAAGUAUCGUGUGGAGGCUACGAAAGAAAUGUUGUCGACGUUGGACCUUUUGUUUGAGGAGAAUAGGACGAAGAAUGUGACUUUCGUGGAUUUCAGAAUUGACAGGAAAGAUCGCGGGCUUCCUCAACAAGACAAUGACCGAGAUUGCGGUGUAUACGUCAUGAAGUACAUGGACGCUGUGGCCAAUGAGGAAGAAGUAGUUGAUGAGUUUCACCCGGUUGAGGCACGUUUGGAAAUCGCUGCGAGGAUCAUAACUGAUGAACAAAAUGAAAUUCGUACCAAAGUGGUUGAAGAUCGUAGGGCUGCACAAGGCAGCUCAUUUGCAUCAUCCUCGGCCCCUUUGCGUAGUCCGUCAAAGUCUCCACGCGAUCCUCAGUUCAGUACAGCGAAGUCUCGCAAUGCAAACAUGUUUCCCCCGUCAAGAGCCUCCCCUAGGCUUCAGUCUACCAAGACUAAGAUUUCAUAA